AAAGAGAACAGUGGAGAUGAUGGAAGUGAUGUAGAACGAGAUGGAUCUCCAACAAAAGACAACCCCAACACAACAAAUGCCAGUGAUAGUGAAGCCGGUAGUGUCAGAGGGCCUGAUGAACCUGUACUUUCUUAUGAAGCAGUAACUCAACAAGAAAUUACAUACACUAGGCCUGUCAUCAUAUUAGGCCCUUUAAAAGACAGGAUUAACGAUGAUCUAAUGUCAGAAUAUCCUGACAAAUUUGGAAGUUGUGUACCUCAUACCACUCGCCUUAAGAGAGAUUAUGAAGUAGAUGGUAGAGACUAUCACUAUGUUGCCUCUAGAGAACAGAUGGAAAAGGAUAUUCAGAAUCACCUGUUUAUUGAAGCUGGGCAGUAUAAUGACAAUCUAUAUGGCACAAGUGUUUCUUCUGUAAAGGCAGUAGCGGAAAAAAAUAAGCAUUGCAUAUUAGAUGUAAGUGGAAAUGCUAUCAAGCGAUUACAAGUAGCUGGUCUUUAUCCAAUAGCUAUUUUCAUUAAACCUAAAUCAGUACAAUCCAUAAUGGAAAUGAACAAACGUAUAGAUGAAGAACUAGCAAAGAAAACUUAUGAGAGAGCAUUGAAACUCGAACAAGAAUUUGCAGAAUAUUUCACAGCUAUCAUACAAGGAGACACACCAGAAGAGAUCUAUGCAAAGGUUAAGGAAGUGAUUUGUGAACAGGCUAGUUCUACUAUUUGGAUUCCUGCGAAAGAAAAGCUGUGAAAAAUUAAUGAGCAAAAUGUUCAAAAUAAACAAAGAAAAACACGACUCCACCAUCCUCCUCCUGUGCUGAGUAAAAUACUCUCCCCAGACUGGUCAUCACCUAACAAUCGUUGUUUUGUCCUCGCUUUGGAGGGUGGUCAGUGUGUCGUGAAUCAAAUUCAGCCAAAAACUUCGGAUCUUGUGCAAAGUAUUAAAAAGGACAAAUGUGGUUCUUCCAAACCAUUGAAAUUUGUGACUUAAGGGAAGCAAGAACUAUGGCACCGUGGUAAUGUGAUAUUUCCUAAUUUGAAAUGGGAACUUGCCAUUCAAAUUGUCUCUUAUCUACAUGCUGACUUAGCUAGGUGAUAAUUCCGUUUGCUUUGAAAAGUCUGACACAAUAAACAUUUUCUCCCAAGCAAGACUCGCAUCCUUUGAUUGUUCUUGCUCCCAGAUACAAUUUACCUUGCUAUCUUCGAAACUAGUGUGCGCAGUCUGUAAUACCUAUUCAACAUUUGUUUUAUGCAGAUUUGAUGAGACUACCGUCACCGGGAAACAGUAUAUCAUUUCCGGGUGAGACAUUUACAAUGCAGUUUUGUCAUAGUACAUGGCCGUUAGACCGUGUAAAUCUGCGAUUUUUCACGAAUAACUACGAAUGUUGCAGCUGUUGGAAUCCCUUAUUGCAACUGUAUUGACGUGAUGGUUUUGAAAAACCGAUUGACUUUCAGAAUUUUACAUUCGAUUCAUUUUUAAACUUCCCCCAUUUCAUUUAAUGGUUGGGAAUUUUACAUUGUUUGGAAAGGUGUAGGACUGCCACGAAAAUCAUCUUACUUUACAGACUUCUUAACCAAACAAGUGUUUGUGGGGAAUGUGAUUUGUUUUUGUUGAUGUUAAAUAUUUCCUUUGUCAUUUAUGGAGAGCGUAUGAGUGUUAAGUUGUCUUUUUAUGUGUAUGACAGCAGGCUGUCACUAGCUGCUCUCUAACAAUCAAU